GUCCGAGAGCCAGUCCCAUCACUGCACCUGCCGCGCGCGGCGAUGAGAGCCGCGCGGGUCGCCCUGCGCAGCGCCGCCCCUCUGGCGGCGGGCGGGGUUAGCAGCCGCGUGCCGCACGAGGUGGAGCGCUUCUCCCGCUACUCACCCUCCCCGCUCUCCAUCAAACAGUUCCUGGACUUCGGUUCAAGUAAUGGAUGUGAAAGAACCUCUUUUGCAUUUCUGAGGCAAGAACUUCCUGUGAGGCUAGCAAAUAUCCUGAGAGAAAUUGACCUGCUUCCUGAUCAGUUACUGAGCACUCCAUCAGUACAGCUGGUAAAAAGCUGGUACAUUCGGAGUCUAAUGGAGCUAGUUGAGUUCCAUCAAAAAAACCCAGAGGACCACAGGGUUUUAUCUGACUUUAUAGAUACACUUGUUAUAGUCCGAAAUAGACACCACGAUGUUGUUCCUAUAAUGGCGCAAGGAGUAAUUGAAUACCAAGACACCUUUAGAGUGGACCUAGUCACCAAUCAAAAUAUUCAAUACUUCUUGGAUCGAUUUUACAUGAAUCGUAUAUCCAUCCGGAUGCUAAUAAACCAACACACGCUUCUUUUUGAUGACAGUACCAACUCAGGUCACCAACAGCACGUUGGGAGCAUUGAUCCAUGCUGUGAUGUGGUGGGAGUGGUGCAUGAUGCUUUUGAAAGUUCCCGGAGACUCUGUGACCAGUAUUACUUAGCUUCUCCAGAAUUAAGUCUUCUUCAACUGAAUGGAAGAGUGCCAGGACAACCCAUUCACAUUGUUUAUGUUCCUUCCCACCUCUUCCAUAUACUGUUUGAGCUCUUCAAGAAUGCCAUGAGGGCAACAGUUGAACAUCAGGAGAACAAUUCUUCCCUUUCUCCAGUUAAAGUGACUGUCGUUCUAGGAAACGAAGACCUGACUAUUAAGAUAUCUGACACAGGAGGUGGUGUUCCAUUGAGGAAAAUCAAUCUCCUGUUUAGCUACGUGUAUUCCACAGCACCGAGACCAGUGAUGGAUGACUCGCGUAAUGCUCCUUUGGCUGGUUUUGGGUAUGGCUUGCCAAUUUCUCGUCUAUAUGCUAAAUACUUUCAAGGAGACUUGAAUCUAUAUUCUGUACCAGGUUAUGGAACAGAUGCUGUUAUCUACCUGAAGGCUCUUUCAACAGAAUCAAUAGAAAAGCUCCCUGUGUUCAACAAGUCUGCCUUUAAGCGUUAUCAAAUGGCUACAGAGGCAGAUGAUUGGUGUAUCCCAAGUAAACCAAAAAACUUGGUGAGGCAAAGUGCAGCCGUGUGA